UAUAGAGCUACAAACAGCUCGAUUAUGAUGUUAAAAUUGAAAGUCAUAUUCAUUUUUUAUUAAAAGAUCCCCGGUAUCACAAUUCCCUUUGCGGUUCAUAUUAGAUGAAUUGUUAAACCGCGCUGAUCGGUUUGUAUUUUGUGAUUGGUAUAUUCCUCGUUCUGUGGGAGACAGACCCGUUCAGACACUGAGGGAGAGCAGAGAGGAGAUCUGAAGAGCAGAAAGGACACAUUCACUGAGGAGACGGUCAGAGCGAGUGACUAGAGCACUAGAGCCGUGCUGCACAUCCCACUGACAAGACCUGAAGACUGCCUUAUCCUAGUGAGAGCCAGGCAACAAAGAUGGAGUCUGUUUACAUUAAACAGGAGGAAGUUCUGGAAUUGGUACCUGUCUGUAUUAAACAGGAGAUGCCUGAACUGGAGCCUGUCCACAUUAAAGAAGAGACUGAACUGGAGCCUGUCCACAUGAAAGAAGAGACUGAACUGGAGCCUGUCCACAUUAAAGAAGAGACUGAACUGGAGCCUGUCCACAUUAAAGAAGAGACUGAACUGGAGCCUGUCCACAUUAAAGAAGAGACUGAACUGGAGCCUGUCCACAUGAAAGAAGAAGAGACUGAACUGGAGCCUGUCCACAUUAAAGAAGAAGAGACUGAACUGGAGCCUGUCCACAUGAAAGAAGAGGAGACUGAACUGGAGCCUGUCCACAUUAAAGAAGAAACUGAACUGGAGCCUGUCCACAUUAAAGAAAAAGAGACUGAACUGGAGCCUGUCCACAUUAAAGAAGAAGACACUGAACUGGAGCCUGUCCACAUUAAAGAAGACACUGAACUGGAGCCUGUCCACAUUAAAGAGGAAUCAAUUGACUUUAAGGAUUCAGAACACAUAUCCCGGUCAGAGAUACCACAUCAAUGUUCUGAAUGUGGGAAGAGCAUCAGUCAGUUAGGAAACCUAAAAAGACACCAGCGAAUUCACACUGGAGAGAAGCCAUAUCAAUGUACUGAAUGUGGGGAGAGUUUUAGUCGGUUAGGAAACCUAAAAACACACCUGCGAAUUCACACUGGAGAGAAGCCAUAUCAAUGUACUGAAUGUGGGGAGAGUUUCAGAGUAUCGGGACACCUAAAAAUACACCAACGAAUUCAUACAAAACAGAAGCCGUAUUGCUGUACUGAAUGUGGAAAGAGCUUCAGUCAGUCAGGAAGCCUAAAAACACACACACAAAUUCAUACAGGACAGAAGCCAUAUCAAUGUGCUGAAUGUGGGGAGAGUUUCAGAGUAUCGGGACACCUAAAAAUACACCAACGAAUUCAUACAGGAGAGAAGCUGCAUUGCUGUACUGAAUGUGGAAAGAGCUUCACUCGGUCAGGAAACCUAAAAACACACACACGAAUUCAUACAGGAGAGAAGCCAUAUCCCUGUACUCAAUGUGGGAAAAGCUUCAGUCGGUUAGGAGACCUAAAAAAACACCAGCAAAUUCACACUGGAGAGAAGCCGUAUCACUGUACUGAAUGUGGGCAGUACUUCAGUCGGUUAGGCAGUCUAAAAAGACACCAGCGAAUUCACACUGGAGAGAAGCCGUAUCACUGUACUGACUGUGGGAGCAGUUUCCGUCAGUUAGGAAACUUAAAGAAACACCAGAGAAUUCACACUGGAGCCAGCCAUCCUUCCCCCCCUCCCAGUCCCUCACCUCUCCACCCUGCUUGUUUGAGUGUGUGGUCACACAGAUUACCCGUCGCUGUCAGUUUGAACUGCCUCUUUACCCUGGAGAGAAGAACCGAGACGGUCAGAGCCGUGCUGCACAUCCCACUGACAAUACCUGAACAACUUCUAAACAGAAUCCUGUGUGCUGUCAUGGACAGUGUGGAGAUGGAAUCUGUCCAGAUUAAAGAGGAGUUCCCUGAACUUGAACCUCUCCCCUUUACAGUGGAGUUCUUUGGGCUGGCUUCCCUCCUCAUUAAACAGGAGCUCUGUGAGAUGCAGUGUGACAGCAGCCAGCCAGAGGUCUCUGAGAUUAAAGCUGAGCACAAUGAAUUUGAGAUCCCCCAGACAGAAGAACCCCUUCCUGUUAAACAAGAAGAGGUGCUGGAAACUGUCCGUAUUAAACAGGAGCCCCCUGAAGUAGAGUUUGCCCACAUGGAACCAGGGAAGGAAGAAUCCGAGGACUUCAAACCAAACAUCCCUGAGCUGGAGCCUGUACGCCUGCGGGAGUGUAGCGUGGUGCUGGAGAGAGUCUGUGUGAGAGAGCAAGGCGCUGGAGAGGAAGGCUCUCUCAACAGCAUGCAAGGAGGUGGACAGGGAGACAGGUGCUCACAUUCAGAAUGCAGUCUAGCAGGUUCCAGUCCAGCAGCUAAAGUGAGGGCAGGCGGUGGAGAAUAUCCUGACUGUGGGAAAGGUAUCACGCUGUUCGUGCAUUUAAACAAAACCCAGCGGACUUACACAGGAAAGAAACCGUAUCACUGCUAUGACUUUGGGAAGAGUUUCAGUCAGUCAGGAUACCUUGUUUCACACCAGCGAAUUCAUACAAGAGAGAAACCGUAUCGCUGCUCUGACUGUGGGAAGAGUUUUAGUGUGAAACAAGGCCUUCAAAACCACCAGCGAACUCACACAGGAGAGAAACCGUAUCGCUGCUCAGACUGUGGGAAGAGUUUCAGUGUGAAACAAGGCCUUCAAAACCACCAGCGAACUCACACAGGAGAGAAACCGUAUCGCUGCUCUGACUGUGGGAAGAGUUUUAGUUGCUCAGGAAACCUGAAAGCACACCAGCGAACUCACACAGGAGAGAAACCGUAUUGCUGCUCUGACUGUGGGAAGAGUUUCCGUGUGAAACAAGGCCUUCAAAACCACCAAUGGACUCACACAGGAGAGAAACCGUAUCGCUGCUCUGACUGUGGGAAGAGUUUCACUGUGAAACAAAGCCUUCAAUACCACCAGUGGACUCACACAGGAGAGAAACCGUAUCGCUGCUCUGACUGUGGGAAGAUUUUCAGUUGUAAACAAGUCCUUCAAAAACACCAGCGAAUUCACAGGAGAGAAACUUUAAAAACCAUGUUCAAUGGGACUUUUCACUCAUGAGGGGAAAAUAAUAUUAACCUUGCAUUACGAAUCCCUGUGUAAUAACUGUUUUGUAGAUCACUCUUAAGAACAUGCAUUUAAAACUCUCUUGCACUCUGUGUCAGAUAGUGGGUGAUGAUGCGGACACGUCACAAGAGGCUUCUCUGCUGUCAGUUUAACUCAGGCUGUCAAUGCAGUCAGUGCCUGGGAGUGGGAAUAUGCAGAAAGGAAACUAUUCCACACCUCAUCUGAUGGACGAGUCAGGAGAAAUCGAUAACUCAGUGUGGAAAUGAGUUUCAGGAUUUAACAUUUUGAACUUACACUAUUUAUUUUCAAGUUUAUCAUGCUUUUUAUUUUUUUUAAUGAUCUAAUGUACAAUAAAUGAUGAAUUGUUUGUUUGUCAUGAUUUGUGUGUGAUGCUGUAGAGAAUUCCUGUUUUCCAAGGUGCUGGUUAAUCUUCCCCUCUGGUAACAGCUCGUGCACAGCUCCUGGGUAUUGCAAAACGUCAGCAAGUUUAGAGCUAGAAUUCAGUACUUUUAACCAUUCCAGGUAAAGAAGAUGGAAACCAGUUUCCCCCCCCUCUACAAAUUUAUAUAAUUAAGAGUGAAAUUAAACUUUUU